UACUCAACACAUCUGCAUUUCGUGGCUGCAAGCCGGAGGACUUUUGACGAAAUUCAGAAAAAAUUAGGUUCACUCACGCUUUUCAAAAACGAUUGGCGAAAGCUCAGUGAACCCCACUUACCAACGACACAGUUGUCAGGUUUAAAUGUAUUUUAGGUGAUGUCUGGGGGAAGGUUACCGCCGAGUAGUAAUGCUUUCUCGGUUGGUCAACAGCAACCAUACAUCAAUCACGACGGUGUGAAUCAUUUUCAAUCUCCGCAAAACUAUGGAGCAUUUGUGCAGCCAGAGAAGAAAGGAGUAGGUCAGGAAAGCCAAUACACACCUGUAAUUAACAGUCAGGCUCAGAGUGUUCCACAAGAAAUGAAUCCGGCCUUGAGAGGUUCCCAAGGACAAUAUCAAGGACAAUGGCCUCCAUCUCUGCUGCCUGGCCAAGGUCAAUACAGAGGCAACCCUCCAGUAGUUAAUAAUGCAGCGAGUGUAUCAUCACAAGCUAUGAAUAAUUCUCUUGGACCUUCACCAACGUCAACACCACCAAGGAGAAGUCCAGUCAAUCCUGGGCAAGCUGGCAUUUCACCUCCCAACAGUCAACCUCCCACUUCAAAUGCUAUUGUCAAUGGUCCUGUUACAGGUGCAAGACCUCCUAUAGGAGUGGUCCCUGCACAUCCUAGAAUGGGACAAUCUGCACCAAAUCUGAAUGCACCAACAGAAGGACAGUCCGCUCCAUUGUCAUCAGGAGCGUCACUGGCAAAUGGACCUUCAUCGCAGUUGAGUGCUCAGCAGCAAGCGCUAAGUAGUAAUAUACAUCCUGGAGCAUCGCAUACUAGCUCUGCAUUUACACCAGUGACCUCCUCUCCUCAUGCAAGCCAACACUCUCCCUCUGCACCUCCUCUUCCAGGACAAUCUCAGCUUGGAUUUUCUGCCCAAGGGCAGUCUAACGUUCAGGGUCAGAUGCCCCACUUUGGGCAGGAGACAAAUUACUCAGGACAAACUCAAGGUCUGUCUCCAACUGCAGUGCCACCAGUAUCUCAACCAUUAUCAGCACUGCAUUCUAGCAAACCUAAAAGACCUGCCAUGCCUAUGAACACAGGGCCUGGUUAUCCAGGGCAGCGAGGGAGCCCAUCUCCUGGGUCAACACCCCCUCCACCGACAGCUUUACCAGGAUCAACAAUGGCUCAGAGAAUGACACCACCUCCUCCUACAAAUCUGCCAGGUGCAACAAUGCCUCAGGGGUCAACACAGCCUCCAUCAUCAAAUUCCCCAGGAUCAAGUAUGCCUCAAGGCAUGUUCAACCAUCCACCCACAGGAUAUUCCCCAAUGGGGCAAGAUUCUCAAGCUGGAAGGCCUAUUUCAGGAAGAAGAAGACUGUACCCUACUCAGACAGCACCACCUGCCAUGCCUGGCCCAGCUGGAAUGAUGAAUGUUGCUGGCCAAGUAAACCAAGGGUAUCCAGCUGGACAGAUGCCUUCUAUGGGUCAACAGCCAACUGUUAGUGGUGUUCCAUCACAGUUUCCAUCAUCUGGCUUGGAGGGUCCAAUGGGAAGACUUGCAGUUCAGCAAUCUGCCUGUCAGCCCAUCAAUCUUCUGGAACAAAGACACAUUCUUCCGACAACUCCUCUUGAACAGCCAACACCUAACUUGCCGCAGGAUCUUCGCAAAAAGAGCUGUGAUUCAAGUGUGUUGUGUUGUACCCUGAAUGCUGUCCCUGAAACUAAGAGUCUGCUGACAAAAUCAAAACUUCCACUAGGAAUUCACCUUCAUCCUUUUAAAGAUUUACAGAAUCUUCCAGUUAUUCACUCUUCAGUCAUUACAAGAUGCCGUUCCUGCAGAACAUAUAUCAAUCCCUUUGUCACCUUCACCGACUCAAGAAGAUGGCGAUGUCCAAUGUGUUUCAGAGUAAAUGAAGUUCCAGAAGAAUUCUGUUUUGAUCCUGUAACAAGACAGUAUGGUGAUCCAGCAAAAAGACCAGAAGUUAGGAAUGCAACAGUGGAAUUUAUAGCACCUUCAGAGUAUAUGUUAAGGCCUCCUCAACCAGCAAUCUUCUUGUUUGUUUUGGAUGUUUCUUUUAAUGCAGUAGAAACUGGUUACCUUCAUUUGGUGUGUAAAUUACUGAAGGAAAACUUAGAGAAAAUGCCAGGAGACUUAAGGACAUUAAUUGGGUUUAUAACAUUUGAUAGUACAGUGCACUUUUACAGUUUAAAAUCAAAGCUCAGUCAACCUCAGAUGAAUAUUGUUUCAGAUUUAGAAGAUAUUUUUCUUCCAUCUCCUGAUGACUUGCUUGUAAAUUUGAACGAAAGUAAAGAGCUUGUAAUUCAACUACUGGACUCUUUGCCGACCAUGUUCAACAACAGUCAUAAUGUAUACAGUGCCACAGGAGCAGCUCUGCAAGCAGCCCUUAAAUUAAUUGGUCACAUAGGUGGUCGUGUGACACUUUUCCAGACAGCGCUGCCUAAUAUUGGUCCAGGAGAGCUAAAAAAGAGAGAGGAUGGACAAAAGUCAUCUCCAAAGGAUGUCCAGAACUUAACACCAGCUACAGAUUUCUACAAAAAGUUUGCACUGGACUGUGCAGCUGAACAAGUUGCUGUUGAUUUGUUUUUACUGUCAGGACAGUAUUCUGAUAUUGCAACUCUGAUGUGUGCCUCAAAGUACUCUGGUGGAUCUGUAAUGUAUUACCCAGACUUUCACGUCUCACGGAAUGCUGCAGCAGCAGAGAAAUUUGAAAAUGAAUUUGUGCGCUAUCUUACAAGAAAGAUCGGAUUUGAAGCUGUUAUGAGAGUCCGCUGUACAAAAGGGCUUUCAAUCCACACUUUUCAUGGGAAUUUCUUUGUACGCUCUACGGACCUAGUUUCUUUGCCCAAUGUCGGUCCUGACAGUGGAUUCAGUAUGCAGAUUGAUAUUGAAGACUCGCUGACAGACUCCAACCUGGCUGUGUUUCAGUCUGCUCUUCUCUAUACAAGCACCAAAGGGGAGCGGCGUAUUCGAGUGCACACACUUGCUCUUCCAAUCACAAACAAGCUGGCUGAUUUAUAUGCUACAGCUGAUGUACAGGCCAUUACAACACUACUAACCAAGAUGGCUGUUGACAGAACGCUGACGUCUUCUUUAGGAGAUGCCCGAGAAGCUCUGAUGAACGCGUGUAUUGAUACACUGAGUGUUUACCGUACAUCGGUGGCAAAUCAACCUCAGAGCAGCGGACUUAUUGCUCCUCAUUCCCUAAGAUUACUACCGCUCUUCAUUCUUGCCAUCAUGAAGCAUAUGGCGUUUCGUCUCGGCUCAAGCACGCGCUUGGACGAGCGAUGUUUUGCGAUGCAGCAGUUUAAAGUUAUGCCUCUUGGUCUGGCUAUGCUGUCCAUAUACCCAAAGAUGUACCCGAUACACGAGCUCUCGGAUGAGGGUGCUCUCCACACCAAAGCAGGCCCGGUUCCAAAUCCUCCAAUUUACCACCUAUCGGGUGAGAAACUGAGCAGGAAAGGAAUAUACCUCAUGGAUACCGGUCACGCUUUCUAUAUUUGGGUUGGACGUGACGCACCCAUCGAUGUUAUUCAAGCGUAUUUCAACGUGCCUAACUUUGGCAGUAUUCCCGAAAACUUGGGAUCGCUUCCAGUGUUGGAAAAUCCACAUUCAGAGAGAGUGAGGACGUUUGUGGAUUACUUACAGUCACAGAGAACGUGCCAUGCUAACAUUUAUGUUCUAAAGGAAGACAGUCGCAUGAGGAUGUUGUUUCUUCAAAACCUUGUGGAUGAUCGCUCAGAAUCGGUCAUGUCCUACUACGAGUUUCUCGUCCACCUUCAAAAGCAGAUUUCCAAGUGAGCUUCUUAUUUGAUGACCGUGAUACGGUAGAUUAUUCAGACAAUGCGGAAAAUGAUACAUGGGAUAAUAUCGCACGAGCUAAAGAUCCUGCGCGUCAUGGAAGAUUCCAAGACGGUCUUUUUAAAGAAAUGUUCAGCUUGGAGACUGAAAUCACAAGCGAAUCCUACCAUGAAAGAAUUAGUGGCAGAGAUUUUAAUCAUAAAUGGCACAACAAAAGAGUUAAAGGGAGGAACAGGGAACGUAAACGGCGUUAUGUGAAUCAUAUCCAUGGGGGACCCCGGGCCGUCUAUCGCCCGCUUCCCCCGCCAUUGAUCUCUUUCCCCGGGUUCCCAGGGAUAAAAGACUACUGCAGGCAGAAGACAGGAUGAAGAAAGAGGCAAAAUAAAACUUAUAACAAGAAAAUUAGGAAAGCGUGCUGGACCUUUUGUAUUUCAUAAUUAAAACAAGUCGAAAGAUGCCCUGCAAUUGUUACAAAGACGCAAGGUUGGACACUGAUUUCGUUUUACAUGUGGUACAGUUUGUUAGGUCGCUGUUGCAUGUGUAUGGAACGUUACAGUGUCCAGUUUGGUUAUAGCGACCGGCUAGGUUAUUUUUCAUUUUCGGCGAAGAUUAUAUUUAGAACAAUACAUUUUUUUAUUAUAUUUUGGAGAAGCGCUAUUGAAUGAUUGUUUAUAAAAAUUUUCAUUUGAUAGGAUUUAAUAGGGCAAUAUGUUUUGCACAAGGUUUUUGGGUGUUACUCACACAAUUUCCUCCCUGAAUAAAGUACUCCUAACUUAAUUAAUUUGAA